AAUCCUGUGUUUUUGUUUUCUGUUACUGGGCUGCGACCGCUGAGGGAACACAGAACAGGAGAAGGAAACAUUUAUUUAAAAAAAAGAAACAACGAGCCUCUGCUGCCAAAUCUGGAUGGAUUAAAACCGAAAGGUAAUCUUCCACAUUCCUCGUGGUUUUAGCUGUGACGACUGAUACAAUGGGUGUGGCUGUAAAGUGUAAUGUCCUACAGUAAAGACACCACAGGUCCAUGCUUUUUAGUAGCAGGCAAUACAGAGAGAUGACUAUAAUAUUUCAUAUUUAAGGUGCAAUAUUUAUUUUUAGCACAUUUUGCACAAGUCUGCAUACCUGUGUUGUUUUUUCACUGCUAAACUAAACAUCUUCUAUGUCAUUAAAGUUUGCUAAAGUGCAGGUUCAACUUUUCUUUCAAAAUAUAUCUUUUUGAUUUCUUCACUAUUAUUAUUAUUAUUCAACUAUUUAUGGUGUAAUGACUUGUUUGUGUUGUUCCUCUGGUGUUGAAAUCCUGUUUACAUAUCAGCUUUUGUCUCAGUGUUGGACAUGUUCUUUCAUGUUUAAAACACUUCCGAAAAAUGAUUUGGUUGUGACUUCAUUUCGGUCUCUUGUCACUUGACUUCUCUCUCUCUCUCUCUCUGAGUCAUCCUGCUCAGAAGUGUGUUUAUAGAGAGUGGAGCUGGAAGACUCAGCUGGACUGAUUCCCGGCUCUCUGGGAGGAGAGACAAAGCAGUGACUGACGCUUCAUCUAAUCAGCAUGGAUGUCUCGGAGCAGGACGACUACUACUACCAUGAAAACAUCAGCUUCAACUUCAGCUACGACGACUACCCGUCCCUCUGUGAGAAGGGCGACGUCCGUUCCUUCGCAGCCGUCUUCCUUCCCAUCAUGUACACUGUGUGUCUGCUGGUGGGACUGGCGGGAAACGGCUUAGUCGUGGCGGUCUAUGCCUACCACAAACGCCUCAAGACCAUGACGGACGCCUUCCUGACCCACCUGGCCGUGGCCGACCUACUCCUGCUCUUCACGCUGCCAUUCUGGGCUGCUGACGCGGCGAGGGGCUGGGAGCUGGGCGAGGUCGUCUGCAAGGUCGUGUCGGCCUGCUACACGGUCAACUUCACCUGCUGCAUGCUGCUGCUGGCCUGCAUCAGCCUGGAUCGCUACUUGGCGUUAGCCAGGGCGCAAGGUAAAGACCAAAGUCGGCGGCUGCAGGGGGUAUUCACCAGGAGACACUGCUGGAAGGUGUGUUUGGUGGUUUGGGCGACAGCUUUUGUCCUUGGUCUUCCUGAUUUAAUACUCUCAGAAGUGAGAUGGGCGUCUAAUAGGAGCGUCUGUCUAGCUAUCUACCCGCCAUCAAUGGCUCGCGGGGGGAAAGCUGCUCUGGAGAUAGCAGAGGUGCUGCUGGGAUUCCUGCUUCCUCUCCUGGUUAUGGUGAUCUGUUACUGCAGCGUGGGCCAGGCUCUGAAGGGCCUCCCUGUGGAGAGCAGAGGCAAGAAGUGGAAGGCUCUACGUGUCCUCCUGACAGUAGUGGGGGUGUUUGUGGUCACUCAGCUGCCUUAUAAUGUGCUGAAGGUCUACCGGGCGAUGGACUCCGUCUACGCCAUAGUGACCCACUGCGGGACGAGUAAAGUGUUGGAUCAGGCGGCUCAGGUGACGGAGAGCUUGGCCCUCACUCACUGCUGCCUCAACCCCAUCCUCUACGCCUUCGUUGGGACGUCCUUCAGGCAGCACAUGAUGAAAGUGGCCAAGAAGUUUGGCGAGAGGAGAAGAAUGAGGAGGAAGAGGAGGGAACAUCCUGCAGUGGAGGAAGAGAUGGGGAUGUCAUUUAACUCCCACACUGCAUCCCAAGUGACAAACACAUUCUCAAUAUGAGUCAAAAUAAGUGAAAAAUCACGUAUUUAGUUUAGUAGAAGAGCAGAUCGAACAGCAGUAGAAGUAUGUGUGGAAAUCAUUAAGAUGUAGAAAAAUUCCACUGAUGUUUAAACACUUUAUUCCCUCCACAUCAAAAACAGGAGGUUGUUAGUCAUUUUUUCCUUAUCUACUUUGUAAAAAUGGCUAAAGUAUUCUUGUUUUCUUUCUUUUCUUUUGAAACUAUAUUUAAUUUCAACUGUAUUUUUUUUAGUUGGCAUGACAAUGAACACAUACAGAAAACGUUUUACAGAACCAAAAACGCUCUUUGCAGAAUAGCUCACAAGCUUAAAGGGAUAGUUUGGGUGUUUUGAAGUGGGGUUGUAUGAGGUACUUAUCCAUAGUCAGUGUAUUACCUACAGUAGGUGACGGUCGGCGCGCUCCCAGUUUGGAGUAAACAGACAGGAGUACCG